AUGGGUGACGACCGCAGCAUCCCAAUCAAGGCUUCCUCAAGCCGCGACUUUGUCGCCCAACUCAGCUCGUCGUUCCGCGUGGGCACGCCGCAGGCACAGGAGAUCUUGGCCAGCGAUCUGGCCGAAUGCUCAGACGACGAGAACGACGACGAGAACGACGACGCCGCCAUCGGCUCCGCCUCCGAGUCCGAGUCCGAAGAGGGUCCCCUCUUCUACCGGCGCCCGAGCGGUGUCGCCUUUGGCACCUCUCGGCCCGUCAUGAAUCCGCAGACGUACGCCGUCGAAGAGCCGCCCGCCGCCCUCACCAGAGUCGAGAAGAAGCAGUCGCGCGACGCCGAGAGGAGUCUUCUCCGGGACAACCACAUCCUGCCGCCCAAGACACCUCGGACGGACAGCGAACCCUUCUAUCGCCGUGCCUACAGACGCUUGUUCAGCACAAAGGUCCCUCUCGAGCCUCACGACGAAGAGACACCGCAGAUCGCCAUCCGCCGACCUACCGAGUCCACUCCUUUGUUGUCUGGCGCCGCCCCGGCGCCCGACGCCGAAGAAGGUCACGAGCACCUUAACGAACAGUGGGAGGCGGCGGUCGCGGCGGGUCAGCUCCGUACCACCUGGCAGCGUGAGGCCAAGACCAUUGUGCAGUAUGCAAGCCCGCUCAUCGUCACCUUCAUGCUGCAGUAUUCGGUCAACGUCGUCGCCAUCUUCGCUGUUGGCCGCAUCGGCACCAUGGAGCUCGGCGCCGUGAGCCUGUCCACCAUGACAGCCACCAUCACCGUCUACGCGCCCUUCCAGGGCCUCGCAACGAGCCUCGACACCCUCUGCGCGCAGGCGUACGGCUCGGGCCACCGUCAUCUCGUCGGGCUGCAGAUGCAGCGCAUGACGUACUUCUUGCUUAUGUGCUUCGUGCCGCUCGCCGUGCUGUGGUUCUUUGGCGAGUCGGUACUGAGCCUCAUCAUCCCGGAGCCCGAGUCGGCGCGGCUGGCGGGACAGUACCUGCGCGUCAUGAUCCUCGGCGGGCCGGCCUUUGUCUGCUUCGAGGCCGGCAAGCGCUUCGUGCAGGCGCAGGGUCUGUUCCAGGCGACUACGUGGGUGCUGCUGAUCGCCGCGCCCGUCAACAUCUUUUUGAACUGGCUCUUCGUCUGGAGGCUGGGAUGGGGCUUCGUCGGCGCCCCCACCGCCGUCGUCUGCACCCAGAACCUCCUUCCGCUGCUGCUGUUCCUCUACGUGCGCUUCGUCGACGGGUACCAGUGCUGGGGCGGUUUCAGCAAGCGGGCGCUCGCCAACUGGGGCCCGAUGCUCCGCUUGGCGCUGCCCGGCAUGAUCAUGAUCGAGGCCGAGUACAUGGCCUUUGAGGUGCUGACGCUGUUCUCGAGCCACUUUGGGCCGUCGUACCUCGCUGCACAGAGCGUCGUCGUCACGCUCUGCGCCAUCACCUACCAGAUCCCAUUCCCCGUGAGCAUUGCCGCGUCGACGCGUAUCGCCAACCUCAUCGGGGCCGGGCUUGUGGAUGCGGCCAAGACCACCGGUGUCGUGGCGUUCGCCGCAGCGUUAAUAGUGGGCAUCUUCAAUGUCAUCAUGUUUGGCAGCUUGCGGUUCCACCUACCGCGGCUGUUCACCGACGACGAGGAGGUCAUCGCCAUCGUGGCCGACGUGCUCCCGCUGUGCGCCAUGAUGCAGGUGUUUGACGGCCUCAGCGCGGGAGCCCACGGGCUGCUGCGCGGCAUCGGGCGGCCGUCGAUUGGCGGGUACGCCAACAUCACUGUGUACUACUUGAUCGCAAUUCCCCUGUCAUUCGGGACGGCGUUUGGUCUCGGGUGGAAGCUCAAGGGACUGUGGCUGGGCGUCACGGUCGGGCUUGCGUUGGUCGCGACUAUUGAGUAUUCGUUUGUGUACUUUACCGACUGGCACAAGGCGGCGAGAGAGGCACACGCGAGGAACCAGGCCGAGUGA